GAAAAGUGUUUUCCCAUCAGGAAAGUGAAUGUGGGUUAGUGACGACACUUCCCCCCUCUCCUUUUGGAUUUAUCCCGAAGUUUUUUUUUUCUCGCCUCCGGGGCGCUGUGCCGUGAACUUUUCUCCCCUUUUUACCCAGUUUAAAGUGAAAACAUCACUAAAACAAACACCAAUAUGUCGCCGCCGUCUCGACGGCUUCAGACGAAGCCAGUGAUAACCUGCCUGAAGACUUUCCUCAUCUCCUACAGCCUCAUUUUCUGGGUCACAGGCGUGAUCCUAUUGGCUGUCGGGGUGUGGGGGAAGGUGAGCCUGGAGGCCUAUUUCUCCCUGUCCACAGACGAGAGCACCACCAAUGCACCAUAUGUCCUCAUCGGGACCGGAGCCACCAUCGUUAUUUUCGGACUGUUUGGCUGCUUUGCUACAUGCCGUGGCAGCCCAUGGAUGCUCAAACUGUAUGCCAUGUUUUUGACCCUGGUAUUCCUGGCUGAGCUUGUAGCUGGUAUCUCAGGCUUUAUCUUCAGACAUGAAAUCAAGGCCAAGUUAGACGGAGCCUACAAACAUGCUGUGCAGACCUACAACAACACAGACAGCAGCAGCACUGCAGUGGAUGCCAUCCAGAGGACUUUGCAUUGUUGUGGGGUGACAAAUUACACCGACUGGGGUGCAACACCUUACUUCAAAUAUAAGGGAAUCCCGACCAGCUGCUGUAAAGACAGCACCAACUGCACAACUGCAGUCCUGAUGGACCUCAACAAGGCUAAGACGGAGGUGUACAACACGGGCUGCUUUGCACUGAUGACUAGUGUGAUGGAGGCCAACCUGGGAAUCAUUGCAGGGAUCUCAUUUGGAAUUGCAUUCUUCCAGCUUAUUGGGAUCUUCCUGUCCUGCUGCUUGUCUCGGUACAUAACCAAUAACCAAUAUGAGAUGGUCUGACGGCGACACUUUGACAGGUUACUGGCAGGCAGCUCUGGAUGAAAACUGAGUGAAAAGAAUCUCCUGUGAUUUUAAAUAUUAUGUGUUUGUGUUAGUUGAUAUUAUUUUAGAGAGGGAAGAACACUCGCUGCUUCUUCUUUUAAUCAGUGUCACCAAUGAAAACGAGCAGAGAGGGGUCAUGUUAAAGGGAUGUUGUCUGCAGCGUAGAUUGACCAAAAAUAAAAGAAAAGGGACCCGGGCAUUUUAAAUCAUGUCACUUCAGGGAUUAAUGGAGGGAUUUCCAGUUUAGCAUAGAUGUUGUCACUUUCAUUUUAGAUAAGUAACUCAACAAACUGUCAGUGUAUCUAUUUUGUUGUGUCCGUGUCUAAUGCAGCUGCCAUAUUUUGUAAUCGUACUUAAAUUAGUCUCCAAGAUUUGCAGAUCUAGAGGAUAAGCUUAUUGCUGAUAAACUUCUCUGUAACACUAAGUGAAACCCAAAUAAGCCUUAAAGAAAGUCAAGAUAAAGUAAGGGAUUUACAGUAAAAGAGCUUUACUGAUUUUGUAGGCCAGUAUUGUUGAAACUGUGUCAGUGUGUGCCAAUUACAGUCAGCCAGCCAACUUUAUAUCCAGUUUUCAGUGUUAAAUUGUUAUUCUUUUGUGGAUGCAUGUGAAAUUCUUGAGAAAAAAAUAAAGAUAAUAUUUUGUAUCUUUAAA